CCUGGGGGACCCCUGAGACCCCCCCAGGGACCCUGGGACCCCUCCCCAGCCUUGGGGAACCCCCCACUGCCCCCCCAUGGGGGCUGGGGGACCCCUCCCCAAACUUGGGCACCCCUGGGAGACCCCCCACUGCCCCCCCAUUGGUGACCCCUCCCCAUUUUGGGGGACCCCGAGGAGUCCCCGGGGGGCUCUGGGACCCCUCCCCAGCCUGGGACUCCCCCCAGGGACCCCCCAGAUUUCCCCCCGGAUUUGGGGGGGACCCCAGACCCCCCCAGCCCCAAACCAGCGCCCCAGGAGCAGCAAAAUCAGGGGGAAUGUGACCCCAACCCCUCGGAUUUGGGGUGGAAAAUCUCAGAUUUGGGGGUGAAAACGUCGGAUUUGGGGCUGGAAGCUCGGCAGGAGAUGAAAACCACCCAGGCUGGACCCAAAACCCCCCCAGAUCUGAGCCCAAAUCACAGGCACCCCCGGGUUGGGGUCCCCAUGGAGUUUGUGACGCUGGGGGGGCCGGAGGGGCCCCCCCCGUUCCCCGACGAGGCCGGAGCCUUCCUGGGGCUGGGGGCGCCGAGGGGCUGGAGCCGGGGGGGCUGCUGGGCCCCUUCCCCCCCGCCAGGCCGCCUGUCCCUGGUGCCCUGGGCUGAGGGGGGGUCCCUGGGGGGGCCUCCUGGACCCCCUCCCCCCCCGGAGCCCCCCCGGUUCCUGGAGCUGCUGCAGCCCCCACCCCGGAGCCCCCCCCCCCGCGGGACCCCCCCCCUGCUGCCGCCCGCGCCCCCCCCCGCAGAGGCGCGCGAGUGCGUGAACUGCGGGGCCACGGCGACGCCGCUGUGGCGCCGGGACGGCACCGGGCACUACCUGUGCAACGCCUGCGGGCUGUACCACCGCCUCAACGGGCACAACCGGCCCCUCAUCCGCCCCAAGAAGCGCCUGCUGGUGAGCAAACGCGCCGGCACCGUCUGCAGCAACUGCCAGACCAGCACCACCACGCUGUGGCGGCAGCCCCGCGGGGACCCGGUGUGCAACGCCUGCGGCCUCUACUACAAACUGCACCGGGUGAACCGGCCGCUGACGAUGCGCAAGGACGGCAUCCAGACCCGCAACCGCAAGGUCUCGGCCAAGGGCAAGAAGCGGCGCCAAGGGGGGGGCGCCGGGCCCGGGGGGGUCCCCGAACCCCCGGCGGGGCCCCCCCCUGCCCCCCCCCCCGCGCCCCCCCAGCCGCCCCCCGAGGACCCGGCCGCGCUCUUCGCCCUCGGGCCGCUGGUCCUGUCCGGGCACCUGCUGCCCUUCCCCGCCCCCGCCGCGCCCUUCCUGGGGGGCGACUUCGCGGCGCCCCCCGCCCCCGGCGCCGCGCCCCCCCGGGCUCAGCCCGCAGCUCUGACGGGGCGGCUCGGGACUCGUUCUCGGGGGGACGGGGGGUGGGGGCGGUGUUUGGGGGAACCGCAAAAAUCCGCAUUAAAGGCGCUCCCCCGCUGUGGACAACGUGUGGUUGGAUCCAACAUGGCGGCCUCCAUGGGGCACGGCAAUAUGGCGGCUCUGGUGAGCCAGCCAACAUGGCGGCCUCCAUGGGGCACGGGCAAUAUGGCGGCUGUGGUGAGCACAGCCAACAUGGCGGCCUCCAUGGGGCACGGGCAAUAUGGCGGCUCCCACGAGCGCAGCCGACAUGGCGGCCUCCAUGGGGCACGGGCAAUAUGGCGGCUCCCACGAGCGCAGCCAACAUGGCGGCCUCCAUGGGGCACGGGCAAUUGGCGGCUCCCACGAGCGCAGCCAACAUGGCGGCCUCCAUGGGGCACGGGCAAUAUGGCGGCUCCCAUGAGCGCAGCCAACAUGGCGGCCCCCGUGAGGGAGCACGGCCAACAAGGCGGGCCGUAA